AAAGCAAACACGAGCUUUGGCUUUCGCUUAGUGUCUGAGACAGCUCUCUGUCCGCCUGUUGUUCGAAGCACAGUUCUUAUAAUCAUCGCACCGGGAUCGUCUGAAAUUGCGCAGAUCGUGUUGACGUACAAUUCUCACACUCUCUGCUUAAAUAUAGAGGACCAACUGCCUCUGUUUGAACUGGAAACAAACGCGAUAAAAACAAAGGCCAAACACAUCAGGCGUCACUCAUACAUAUUUAUCGCAACAAUAAACAAAGCUCUCGGGAAUCUCCUCGGCGCCCCCGGUCGUCGACCAGAAAAGAGACAGUCUCGAAUGGAUGCCUCCGGCGCCGCCACAAUGGCAGUCAUCUCCAGGUAAUGCAAGCGAGCAGUUCGCAGUCCAGAAAGCUCUGAGCCUGCUUGUGUUUUUAGCCCUCUCGUCCAGUCCUUGCUCAGCCGGCACCCUCAACGCCCGUCCCGCGUUUCCCGUGCCAACCGGCCAAAUUCAGCCCAGCGGCCAGAACAGCAAGCAGCCAGCCAGACGCGUGAUGCAUCCCUCCUUCGCCAACGCCGGCCGUUCUCCGGGCCUAGAAAUCUGGCGCAUCGAGAAUUUUGAGCCCGUUGCGUACCCCAAAAAUAAUUAUGGCAAAUUUUACACUGGGGACUCGUUUAUUGUUCUUAAUACAAUUGAAAACAAAAAAGACAAGAAACUGUCCUGGGAUGUGCACUUCUGGCUGGGAUCGGAGACCUCAACGGAUGAGGCUGGAGCUGCAGCUAUUCUCACCGUCCAGUUAGAUGACUUGCUGAAUGGCGGUCCUAUUCAACAUCGCGAGGUGCAGGACCACGAGUCCCAGCUGUUUCUGGGAUACUUCAAAAACGGCAUUCGCUAUGAACAGGGCGGCGUCGGAACUGGCUUCAACCACGUAGAGACAAACGCCAAGGGAGAGAAGCGACUGUUCCAGGUCAAGGGCAAGCGUAACGUGCGCGUCCGACAGGUGAAUCUUUCCGUGUCGUCGAUGAACAAGGGCGACUGCUUCAUCUUGGAUGCCGGCAGCGAUAUAUAUGUCUAUGUAGGCUCCCAGGCGAAGCGCGUUGAGAAGCUUAAGGCUAUCAGCGCUGCGAACCAGAUCAGGGACCAGGAUCAUAACGGACGAGCUCGUGUUCAGAUCGUCGACGACUUCAGCACUGCUGUAGACAAGCAGCUCUUUUUCGACGUGCUAGGAUCGGGUUCCCCUGACCAGGUGCCGGAGGAGUCAACUGCCGACGAAGAUGGUGCGUUCGAGAGGACGGAUGCCGCAGCGGUUACUCUCUACAAGGUCAGCGACGCCGUAAGCAAGCUGAAGGUGGACACCAUUGGACAAAAACCACUGACUCAGGCUAUGCUCGACACUCGCGAUUGCUUUAUCUUGGACACAGGAUCUGGCAUUUUUGUGUGGGUUGGAAAGGGCGCCAAUCAGAAUGAGAAGACGAACGCCAUGGCCAAGGCGCAGGAGUUCCUACGCACCAAGAAGUACCCGGCCUGGACCCAAAUCCAUCGCAUUGUAGAAGGCGCUGAGUCCGCACCAUUUAAGCAGUACUUUGACACCUGGCGUGAUGCCGGAAUGGCCCAUAGUCGACUUAUUCGUUCGGCUCUGGGCAUCGGCUCUGAUGAAUUGUUAAAUGAGGAUGAAGUCGACUCUGUGGUGACUCAGUUAAAGAAGAGCGGCGGUCGUUCCAUUGGGUUUAUGCCGGAUAACGGUCAGAACAGCGUUGAAACCAUUACACAGUACGUUGCAAAGCCUGAUUCCGAUGAAAUCGUGAUCAGCACCAUUCCCUUCGAGGAGAAACUACCUCUUUUGGGAUUUGCCUCUUAUGUGCUCACCUACAAAUACGAGGCUAAGAACGGGGACACUGGUUCCCUGACCUAUGUGUGGCAUGGAGUAAACGCCUCUGUCGCCGCCAAGGAACGUGCCUUCGAGGAGAGUCUAGUAGGUGCCAAGGAAGGUCUUUUGGUGCAGACCAAUCAGGGCCAUGAGCCGCGCCACUUCUACAAGAUAUUUAAGGGAAAGUUAUUGACAUCCUUCACUGCACUUCCGGUGACGUCGCAGCUCUUCCGCAUUCGCGGCACUGUCGAAAGCGAUAUUCAUGCUAGUGAAGUGGCCGCCGACAGCUCAUCCUUGGCCUCAAGUGAUGCUUUCGCCCUUCUAUCCGGAAAGUCCCACAAAAUCUAUAUUUGGAAUGGCUUGGGCGCAUCUAGCUUCGAAAAACAAGCAGCCAUGGAUCGCUUUUCUGACUACUGGGAUGACGUUGAGCUCGAGCAGGUGGAGGAGGGUGCCGAGCCAGAUGAGUUCUGGGAGGAAUUAAACGGCGAAGGCCAGUACGACCGCAGCUUAGGUGACCUUGGAGCUCCACUGCUGGAGUCACGCCUGUUCCACUGUUAUUUGAGGCAUGGUGGACUUUUGAAGGUUGAGGAAGUUGCUCAAUACGAGCAAGAGGAUUUGGACUCCGAAGACAUCAUGCUACUGGAUGCUGGAGACGAGAUCUACCUUUGGGUUGGCUCUGGCGCAUCUGAGGAGGAAAAUUCCAAGCUUCUGGACAUGGCAAAGCUUUACAUUCGCUUGGAGCCCACCGCUCGCUCCUUCGACACGGUGAACAUCAUCCGCGUCCCCCAGGGAAAGGAACCAAGGGUUUUUAAACGCAUGUUUCCCAACUGGGACGAUAACUACUGGCAGAACCAGCCCAGCUAUGAAGACAUGAAGCAACUCAUUAUUGAUGCCAACAAUGAAGUCUAAAACCAAUGGUUCAAUUCUCAGCAGAAUUGACAAAAAAUCUGUUUGUUUUUGCCGUUUUAAAUGUCUAUGUCUAAUGUAACUUAAAAAUAAAUGACGACCUUUUCAAUAUAGUCACCGUUUAGUAUAAUUUAUUGUUGAAAAUCACUAGGCCAUACCAAAGCCAUACCUACUAUUUAGCAAAAUGUAUAUAACCAUAUAUUUAAUUCCUAAUGUGAAAGUAAUAAUUCUAGGGGCGGAUUGGUGCCAUACGAAUAAUCGAAAUAUAAAUGGAAAGAAAUGUA